AUGAGCCUUAUGAACAGACCAAAUCCCGUAUGUCUGGAGACUGGUGCUGAGAUGAGUGAGGACCGAUACUCGCAACAGGCUGCCAAAGAAGAGUUGUGCUAUAUCGUGUACGUUCAAAAUGAGAAACGGUCUGAUCAGCUGCCUGGUGACCGAACGGGUAGUAUGUUUGUGUUGUUCUGCCUGCCAGAUCCCUUGCGAUCAUCACGGCUACCGGAACUGACUGUGCCUGUUAAUCUACCGGUUAUACCAAAUGUUCUAGUGUUCAUCCGGUGA